AACAGAUUACGUAAUCGAGGAGAAGCAGGAAGUGAGGGCUGGCACGUGCAGGUCGCAGCAUCUUGUCGUUAAUUUGACCGUUUGCAGACAUGAGGUGGUACAAAAGGUUUGGAUGUAACUGUUAUUGAUGCUGCAGCCAUGUCGUCAGUGAUGGGAUCCGAACAUCAAAAGUCUGGUCAAUCUGCACUUUGUGCCCUUUGGCCAGUCGACCUCAAGUUAACUCACUUGGACUGGAACCCUGAAGUAACCUUGAUACACUUCCAGGGACAGUACCUUUCCAUAUGCGAUCUUGACUAUAACAUCUUGCAAGGGGAAAUACAGAAUAUUCCAAAGACUGAAACUACAGUGGAUAUAGGAGAGUUUUGCAUCGUGGAAGAUUUGACUUCAGGCCGCUGGCACAGAGGAAGAGUUCAGAACCAAAGAGAGACAUUGUUUGAUGUUUUCCUCAUAGAUCAUGGUAAUGUCUUGAGUGUCGACAUCGCCCACAUAUCUUCCUGUUCAAGUGACCUGUUCAUCCUCCCUCCCAAGAUAGUUUGCGGCUUUCUUGCAAAUUUACUGCUGCUUCAAGGUUGUUCUCAUUCUGUAGUGGAGGCGUACUUCUCAAACCUGAUUGGAACAAAUGUCACAGGUUACAUCCAAGCCCUCCUGCCCCACAAAGUGCUUUUAUUGGAAGCCCCUGACAUUAACAUUGACCUUGUUCGACAUGGGUUUGGGAGACAUGUGGACACAGAUACCUUCCUUCUCUUGGUUGGGAUGCUCACAGAGGUGCCGCUCAAACAAAACAUAGAGCCAGUUCCCGACUUACUUAUUGAAAAGCCAAGGGGACAAGAAUUUUGCUUCAGACCGUCUGGUUUGCAGGGAUACAAAGAUAUUAUGUCUCUCUCUGUGCCUAGAUUGAGUUGUGGGACACGUGCUAAAGUACGUGUAACUGCUGCUGUUAACCCUGGACUGUUUUACUGUCAGAAGACCAGCAUGGAAACAGAUCUUUGGGAAAUGUCAAAGAAGCUUGAUGCAGUUAAUGAGUACCAAACCAAAGAACUCAAUCAGAAGACUCCAGAAAACCUGGGUUUACUUUGCUCAGUCAAAAGCAAAGAUGGGAAAUGGUACAGAGGCCUUGUGCACUUUCUCCCAGUUAACUCUCAACUUCGAGUUUUGUUCAUUGACUACGGAUUCUUUGAAUCUGUUAAAGUUGAGAACGUCUACAGGUUGCCACCUGACUUAUUUUCAACACCCAUCAUGGCGUUCCCAUGCUCGCUCUCUCUGAGUGAUCAGGCUGAGGUGGUCAAAACUCAGCAGUUGAGUUUUCUCAAGGCAGGCUUGCUUGGAAAAGUGCUAGAUGUGGAGAUCAGAAGUUUUGACGAAGAACAGCACCUGUACUCUAUCACAGUAAUUGGCGCAGACAAUAUUCAUGUGAAGGAACCAGAGCCCAUUCAAGAGCUUCCUAAAAUAAAGGUUGAGUCAGUUUUGGAGACGGAAGAAUCAUCACCUCAGAGUGGCUAUUUAUACUAUGAAACAAUCAUAGGUGAAGCGUUGGGUAAAACACUGAAAGCAGAAGAGGUGGAAGUAGACUCUGUAUUUGUGGGCUUUGUCGAGCAUGUCCGGAAUACAAACAACUUCUGGAUCAGAACACAAAAACGCAAUGAUGAGUUUGAAGAAAUGAUGACAAAAAUCGCAGAUAACUUCAGUCAAGUGAAGCUGGAUGAAGACGUGCUGUUGAAUCCUGAACCAGGGACACCCUGCUGUGCAGUUUAUGAGGAAGACAUGCAUUUUUACAGGGGUAUAGUGACAGACACUCUUGAGCAUGGAUCUGAAGUGCUUUUUAUUGAUUUUGGGAACAUUGAGAAAGUGCCACACAUAUUGAUCAAGAAGAUCCCAGAGAUAUUUGCCAGAAAUUCAGCCUUUGCCUUCUGCUGUACUCUUGUUAAUGUUUUUCCUUUGGAUGAAGUGUGGACCAGCGCCACCACUGACUUUUUCAGACGAGCUGUGUCAAACAAAGCCCUGCUUGUCCAUGUUGUCCAAAUGACAAAAAACAAAUGUGUUGUUGAUCUCCAUGACAUUGGAAGUGACAACAAUCAAAGUAUCACUGAGCUCAUGAUCUCUUCCAAACAAGCUGGAUACUGGAACAACAUUGCCAUAGAGCGUCUGGUGCCAAACAACACAGAUUUCACAGAAAAAACAAAGUGCUCAAGAUGUAGUGUGACAUCAGCAAUCAAUGGGAAUACAGAGCAACUGAAGGACUGUGAGGAGAAAGAGAAAACAUGCAAAAAUCAAACUGACAAGGGCCAAGCCCCUGCUAGCUUCAAAGCCUUAAGCAUCAAGCCUGGGUUUAAUUUUGCUGUGCGUUCCUCUUAUAUCAAGUCUCCCUCAGAUUUCUGGUGCCAGCUUCUAGAUAAAGCUCCAGCUUUGGAGGAACUGAUGGAUAAAAUUAAUCAAUAUUACUCAAUUAACACAGUUCCCUUCCAAUCAGGAGAUUCCUGUUGCAUUGCCAAGUCACCUCAAGAUGGAAGAUGGUACAGGGCCUUCCUCAUAGAGAAGCUGAAAGGGCUUGCCACAGUGAUAUUGGUUGACUAUGGCUUUACCAUCCAAAUCAAGGAGCACAAUCUUCAGACAAUUAUGCCUGAAUAUGUUUAUUUGGAAGGACAAGCUUUCAGGUGCAGCCUUUACAACCUGAUCAAACCAGCUGACCCUAAAGACAUUGGGGAUUGGAGUCCGGAGGUGUGUAAGUCGCUGAAAGAUUUUGUCCUGGACAACCCCAUCGGUCUAAGAUGUGAAGUUGUCUCUCAGUUCAAUGUGAAAAACAAAGGACUGUGCAAUGUUGUGGAACUCUACAACACCCAAACCCAAUGGCGCAUAACAAAUUUGCUCUUAGAACAGGGCCUGCCAAGAGAAGUGACAACAACAAAGCAACUGUCAGAAGUGUUUCCAGAGUCUUUUGUCUACUCUUCAUAUGAUCUAAGUCCUGGAAAUGAAGAACAAGUCUACGUCACUCACAUUAGCAGUCAGUUGGAGAUCUACUGCCACCUUGAGAGAAACACUCAAUUCAUCAAGGAGCUUGAAAAGAACAUUUCAGAGAGCGAUAUAAUUAUGCAAGCCAGUACGGGAGCAGUGAGCAAGCUGUGCCUGGCAAAAUACUUUGAUGGCAAAUGGUACAGGGGCUUGGUAGAACCUGUUCAGUCACCUCUGCAUCUCAAUGUGUUUUUUGUGGAUUAUGGAAACUCAAACAUAUCUGAGAAAACCCAUGUCAUGUAUAUCUCCACAGACUCUGCUGAUAUAUUGUACACACCCAUGCAGGCUGUGAAAUGCCACCUUGCUUCAGUGUCCAAGGAAAAGCUCUAUGCAGAUGUCAAAGAAUGGCUUGAUGGUGCAAUCCUCAAUAAGCAAGUGAGAGCCGUUAUAGUUGGACAGAACAAAGAUGGCUCUUUUGAUGUUGAACUGUUUGAUGGAGAUGCUAACAUCAACGAGAAGGUAAAGGAGCUCAUUCUCGGUCUUUCGCCAAAACCAAAGACUGUUGUGAGUUUUGUGAGCAGCACAAAGGCAAACACUAAAACUCUCCAAGCAAGAAACACAGAGACUUCAAUUCGGUGCAAGAAAGGGCAUUCUUUAAAUUCCUCAUUCUCAUGGAAUGCCUACAGAUGCGGUCAAGUUAAGACUGCAUCUUACAAAAGGAAAGAAAACACAAGAAUCGAUGUUCGUGGGAAAACUCGGAACAAGAACACACAAGUAAAACAACAAAGAAAGUACCCUGAUACAAACACAAAGUCAGUACAACCACAAUAUACAGAGAAAACAAAGAUCCCUCAACCCUCCUGUUUGCCGAACGUGAAAGUGAGCGCAGGUUUCAGGGCGAAGUGUUUCGUCUCCCACAUCGACUCGAUCAACAAUUUCUUCCUUCAACUGUCAGAGGAUGAACCUUCCAUCUUGAAAAUGGGGGAAGAUCUCAACUCAAGUACUUUAAGCGAUUCCUUGAAAACUACCACGUCUUGGGCAAUCAAUGACCUUGUUCUGGCUGAGUAUGAGGAAGACGGCGCUCUAUAUCGUUCUGUUGUGACAGACUGUGAAGGAAGUUCAAGUUUCAAAGUUGAGUUUGUGGACUAUGGAAACUCGGCAGUCAUUGGGAAGGAGAAGAUCUACUCCAUACCAAAGGAGCAUCUCUCUCAGCCAAGAUUCAGCAUAUCAUGCUCCCUGUUGGACACAAGCACAUACGAAAAUGAUACUUCUUUUACUGACACUGUAAUGGAGAAGCCUCUCAUGGUUGAUUUUGUCCGUCAUCAUGAAGUUCAUUGGAAAGUCAAGGUUGAGAUUCUUGAUGAGGUUGUUGGUCUUCCAGCGGUACUUGAAGCAGCUGUUGAAUGUAGCACUGAAACCAAAGUUGAAGAGGAGUCACCUGCGGAUUCAUCUAAGAUAGAAGAGAAGGUGACAUCCUGUGAGCAGAAAGAAGUGAGCGAGAAGGCCUACAGAUGCGGUCAAGUUAGGACUGCACCUUACAAAAGGAAAGAAAACACAAGAAUCGAUGUUCGUGGGAAAACUCGGAACAAGAACACACAAGUAAAACAACAAAGAAAGUACCCUGAUACAAACACAAAGUCAGUACAACCACAAUAUACAGAGAAAACAAAGAUCCCUCAACCCUCCUGUUUGCCGAACGUGAAAGUGAGCGCAGGUUUCAGGGCGAAGUGUUUCGUCUCCCACAUCGACUCGAUCAACAAUUUCUUCCUUCAACUGUCAGAGGAUGAACCUUCCAUCUUGAAAAUGGGUGAAGAUCUCAACUCAAGUACUUUAAGAGAUUCCUUGAAAACUACCACGUCUUUGGGAAUCAAUGACCUUGUUCUGGCUGAGUAUGAGGAAGACGGCGCUCUAUAUCGUUCUGUUGUGACAGACUGUGAAGGAAGUUCAAGUUUCAAAGUUGAGUUUGUGGACUAUGGAAACUAUGCAGUCAUUGGGAAGGAGAAGAUCUACUCCAUACCAAAGGAGCAUCUCUCUCAGCCAAGAUUCAGCAUAUCAUGCUCCCUGUUGGACACAAGCACAUACGAAAAUGAUACUUCUUUUACUGACGCUGUAAUGGAGAAGCCUCUCAUGGUUGAUUUUGUCCGUCAUCAUGAAGUUCAUUGGGAAGUCAAGGUUGAGAUUCUUGAUGAGGUUGUUGGUCUUCCAGUGGUACUUGAAGCAGCUGUUGAAAGUAGCACUGAAACCGAAGAGUCUCCUGCAGACUCAUCUAAGAUAGAAGAGAAGGUGACAUCCUGUGAGCAGAAAGAAGUGAGCGAGAAGGAAACUCCUAAAUCCGAAAGACCUACUCUUUAUGGUGAAAACUUAAUACUGAAACCAUCACCUGCCACACAGUCCCGUAAACUAGAAGAACAUAGAACACCGACCGGAAACGAGGGUGAAUCUAAGGAGAUUAAAGGAAUAAGCGACUGUGCAGAUUCAAUCAUACCCCCGACUAUUCAAGUUAAAGACACAGAGAGUGGUACAGUUCUGUCGGUCCUGAGUAACGGCACUUUUUACAUCAGACUCAAUAAGACCAGUGAACAGCUUACUGCAUUGGAAAGUCUAAUAGCUGAGAACCUACACAAGUGCAAGAUGGUGGCUGAAGAGGAUGUCAAACAAGGCCUCAAGUGCUUAGUUCAGGUAGGCGAGGACAAACGGUGGUACAGGGCUUUUGUUCAGGAUGUAUGCCAGGGAACAUGCCAGGUCCUUUUCGUGGAUCGUGGAAUAACAGAAGAAAUUCCAAGUGGCUCAAUCCGACAACAGUGUAGAGAGCUGACAAAAAUCCCGAACCUUGCAGUUUUAUGCAAGGUGAACUGCCUUGGGUUCAGUGAAGAGGGUGCUCAUGAAUUUUGGAGUGAAACUCUCAAACCAAUGAUAGGCAAAGAAGUCAAGCUGGUGUUUGAGUGUCAUUCAGAAGCUGAUGAACUGUGGAAGGUUGAAAUAGUCAUGAAUGGACUGUUCCUCGUUCGUCAAAUCACAAGCUCACUGCAGCAGAAUAAAGAGAUGGUCCUGCAACCCACUGAAACUAAAGAAUCCAAUUUAGACACAGUCCCUCCUCAGCAACUUGUCUUUGCUCCUAUUGAUAUACACAAAGCAUAUUCCGGCUUUGCUGCAGCAGUGACGACACCCACCGAGUUUUGCGUCGUUCUGGAGGACUUGCUUCUCGUCAUGAACAAAGUGUCCAUAAUGUUGGACGACCUGCCCGGGCAGAUAACUCCCCUUCCUGAAGCCCACUUAGUCUCUGGCUCCUGCUGCCUGUUUAAAUCCGACACCAAGAAUAAGUGGUGCAGGGCUGAAAUUGUUCAGGCCGACACCACAGCGGUCCUAAACCUGGUGGAUUAUGGCCAUUACGAAUGCAUCCGGUAUGAAGACUGCUUCAAGCUCAAGAGGCUUCCUGAGGAGAUAACAAACCUCCCAAAGGUAACUUACCCCUGUGUCCUGAGGGGGGUGAAGCCAGUUGGAGUGGAUAGUGGACAGUGGAGCGAUGAAGCAGCAGUCUUCUUCCAACAGUGUUUGUACCAGAAGAACCUCCAGAUCUUCUUCAGGGAGUUUGUUUCAAACACACACUGGAAGGUGGACAUUCUGGCAGAUGGCGUCCAUGUUGCCAAGGAGCUGGUGGAUGCUGGACACGGCAAUUAUAUAGACAUCAUGCUGGGACUGAGGUUCCAGGAACAGAGUCCCAGUAAAGCUGCUCCUCAUAGCCCUGACAGUGAGGAAGAGUGUGGCCAGGAAGACGAAGGCUCCGACAGGAAGUCAGAUGAAGCAGAGGGAACGAUGCUCAACGUUGAGUUUGGAAUCUGAACAAUGUUUUCUGAUGUGAAGGCAGUCCAGCGACUUUACAGCGACUCCUAAUCCAAGCGAGAGACUGAUUGUUGGACGUUUUGGCUAAACGUUGAGCCUCCGCACUUUGAGAGUGAUAUAACUUAUCCUUACAAUGUUGUUAUGUAAACUUACUUUUAUUUAUUUAUAUUGACUGUUUUGUUUUGUUGAAGAGAACCGUGUCCCUAAACGUACAAGAACUCUGAGUUAAUGAAGAUUUAAAUUAGGUGUUCAACUCAUACAGGGUCUUUACAUUAAAACUGUUGAUGGAUGUUCAGUUAUGUAUCUAUUAAAACUGUUUAAUGGAAAAAGAUUUUUCAGGUGCAACAUUAAAUCUGUCGUAAACCUUUUUGUUCUAAUAUUCUUUGUUGCCUUAACUAGUAGUGGGAAUAAAGCUUAAUUUAGGGGUUUGGGAAAACUGAAGUCCUGAACGGAUCCCUUUACAAAUUCCAGUUGAUGUUCCACCACUAGAGUGUGCUGUUGAUCCAUGUUUGCUCAUAGCAAGUCAUGUAUCUUACACUUCUUUUGGACACUACAUCAUGCAUCCCUAACCAUUCAACCAGUAUGUGUUGUGGUGUCAAUUACAAAACCUCUGUGACCUUUUGUUUUUUAUUCCUGCAGGUGUUUUGAAUACAAACUAUACACUGUAUUUCAGCUAUGUUGAAGUGCAGAUAGGGUACUUUCCAGGUCACAUGGUUAUGUUUU